AUGGCAAGAAAAAUAGCAGAACAGCCUCUUGUUCUUGGAAGAGUAAUUGGAGAUGUUGUGGAUCCCUUCGUCCCAACCAUUAAAAUGUCAGUCAGUUUCAGCAACAAGCAAGUUCUCAAUGGCCAUGAAUUCUUCCCUUCUUCACUUACCUUCAAACCUAGGGUUCGUAUUCAAGGAGAAGACAUGAGAUCCUUGUUCACUCUGGUUAUGGUUGACCCUGAUGUUCCUGGCCCUAGUGAUCCAUACAUGAGAGAACACCUUCACUGGUUGGUGACUGACAUUCCAGGAACUACUGAUGCUACUUUUGGAAAAGAAGAAAUGAGCUAUGAAAUUCCAAAGCCAACAAUAGGAAUCCACAGGUUUGUGUUUGUUCUGUUUAAGCAAAAACGACGUCGUUCGGUGAACACUCCUUCUUCGAGGGAUCGUUUCAAUACUCGAAGAUUUUCGGGUGAGAAUGAUUUGGGUCUUCCUGUGGCUGCUGUUUAUUUCAAUGCACAAAGAGAAACUGCUGCAAGGAGGCGAUAGAAUUAUCAUUAAUUAAUUAAUGCUAAAUUUUCUCUUAAUUUCUUCACCAUUUUAAUUUAAAGAAAAUUCAUAUUUCAAGACCUUUC